AGAUCACCUCUAUCAUAUGAUUGUCGACAUCCGAUUAUUUUGGGAAAAGGAUCACAUCUAGCUGCUCUUCUAGUCAGAAGGUCUCACGAAGAGGUGAAGCAUUUUGGAGUAAACACAGUACUCUGUAACCUGAGGCAGCGGUAUUGGCCAAUAAGAGGAAGGGAACAAGUGAAGAAGAUCUUAUCGAGCUGUGUCCUAUGCAAGAAAUGGCGUGGUAAUCCUGGUGUUCAAUUCAUGGCUGAUCUUCCUGCAUCGAGAGUUGACUUCCCAAACCCACCAUUUACCUUGACGGGCGUUGAUUAUUUUGGGCCUAUAACCACCAAAGCUGGCUUUAGAGGAGGUCGACGAGAAAAGAGAUAUGGAGUCGUGUUUACAUGUCUACAAACACGCGCUGUUCACCUUGAAGUUGCCCAAUCCCUAUCAACUGAUGAUUUCUUGAAGGUUUUUUCUCGAUUUGUCGCCAGAAGAUCGAAACCGAAAAGGAUGUUUUCAGACCAGGGGACCAAUUUCGUUGGAGCAGAGAGAGAAAUGCGCCAGUUAGUAAAAGAAUUAUGCAAUGAUGUCGUUCUAAAGGCGAAGCUACAACAAGAAGGCUUGGAUUGGAAUUUCAAUCCUCCUUUUGCUCCUCACAUGGGAGGAGCCUGGGAAGCCAUGGUAAAACUGGCAAAACGUGCGAUAACAGCUACAACAAACGGAGCUCAACUCACAGAUGAUGAACUUUCCACCGUUGCAGCUGAAUGCGAAGCCAUGUUGAAUAAUCGUCCGUUGACGUAUGUAGGAAGUGAUCCAGAUGACGUAGAGCCUCUGACCCCCGCGCAUUUCCUAGCUGCAGGACAGUUAAUGCCAUUGCUGCCGAGCGAAAUCCAAGUUGAUGAAGUCUCACCAAAACGGCGUUGGCUAUUUCUACAGUCCAUCAUGUUAAAGAUUUGGAAAAGGUGGCAGAAAGAAUAUCUGCCUUGCCUUCAACGACGGCCAAAAUGGAAUCAAACAGUACGAAAUUUGGAACCUGGUGACUUGGUGUUAAUAUUGGACCCAAAUCAGCCAAGAGGACGGUGGCUAAGGGGCAAAAUUGAAGAAACAUUUCCAGACGACCGAAACGUUGUGCGAUCAGCCAAAGUCUUAACUCAGAAUGGAGUAUUACACAGACCUGUGACUAAACUUAUACUCUUAUUAAGAGAACAUUAA